ACACUUUUCUUACUUUUUCAACUAUAUUUAUAUAAAGGCACAGGAUCCGUUGCUCUUCAAAAACUUCAUGAGCAAUAAUUUGUGAGCUCAAACUCUUGAAGUUCUUGAUUGACUUGGAAUUUGAAUGUCUGCUUGUUUGAAUAUAUCGAUCGCAAUUUGAUUGAUAUCGCUAGCACCUCCAUACUCUUCUGUUUGUACUGCUUUUGCUGAUUUGGGUUGCCCGUAUUGGAACUAGAAAUGGGUUUGGCUCGGAAUCAGACAAUGAGAAGUGGGGAUUACUUAGAAGGGAUGCUUAGUGAUUAUGUCGGGGGAAAGGCAAAGAUGAAAGUUCAGAAGAGUGGCUCAGCUCGGCUUGUCACAGCGCUUACUUGUCUACAAUUCGCGUUUGCAUUAUACGCAACAUUCCUAUUGUAUUACAUGAGUCCUGCAAUAGACUUGCGAACGAAACCGGACUUUACAUGGGCUACCCGAAUCGCGCAACAAUGGAAGCAGUUCAUAGUUACGCCGCACGUUCUUAGUCACUACCAAGAAGCCUCUUCUCUCAUUCAACCAAUAACUCCGUCCGAAGUAUGCGAGCAUGAGAAAAUAGAUUUCACGCAGAAGAAGUCAAAUGAUGCCCAAAUGAUCAAGUUAAAGAGAGAGCUUUACGAUGAAGUGUUGGGCUUCCAGAGCAAGAACGCUGGUACAGAAACUCUUGCUGAACUAUUGGCAAUCAAGUCUAAGUGGGAUUUGCGAGGUCCCAACAAGCCCAAGGUCACAGUGAUCUUAAACCAUUUCAAAAGGAAAACGCUUUGCGCCCAGCUUGAUUCUUUGCUUCAACAGACGCUUCCUUUCCACCACGUUUGGGUGCUUUCAUUUGGGAGUCCCAAUGAGUUGUCUUUGAAGAGAAUCGUAGACAGCUAUAAUGAUUCAAGAAUUAGAUUCAUAAGUUCAAGCUAUGAUUUUAAGUACUAUGGAAGGUUCCAAUUGGCUUUGCAGACUGAAGCAGAUCUUGUAUAUAUCCUCGACGACGAUAUGAUUCCUGGAAGGAAAAUGCUACAGAUUUUAUCGCAUGUGGCGGGGACUGACAAGUAUGAGAACGCCGUUUUGGGCAGUAUAGGAAGGAUUUUGCCCUUCAGACAGAAGGACUUUACGUUUCCAAGCUACAGAAAGUUUCGGUCUAAGGAGGCAGGCCUUUAUUUACCCGACCCAGCUUAUGAUAUCACAGUCGAUAAAAUUGUGCAGGUGGAUUUUCUUUCCAGCUCUUGGUUCUUGUCCGCAGACCUUGUCAAGACGCUUUUCACUGAGACGCCCUUCACCUUUGCGACUGGCGAAGAUCUGCACCUUAGCUAUCAACUUCAAAAGUACAGAAAUGCUGGCUCGUUUGUUCUUCCAGUUGACCCGAAUGACAAGGAAACAUGGGGUGACAGUGAACACCGGCUUGCAUACGUCUCUGAAACCACUGUAAUCUUCAAAGACAUUGUUCAAGUUCGAGAUGACCAAUGGUGGAAAGCUCUUUCUACUGGUUAUAUCACUCAGUGGGCUGCAAUGUAUCCUCAAAAAAUUGAUGCACUCUUCUACGCCCACUCUGUUGAUGAGGUCAAAGCGCUCGCGCCCCUUCUUGAAAAGUUCAGGUCUACUGUUGGGAAAAAGGCCUUCAUCGCCGUCUCCGGAGGCAAUUUCUGCCCUUGUGAAGAUGCUGCAACUGCCCUCAAGUGGCCCAAGUUGGUAUGCAAAGAACGAAGGUUUAAGAUAUUUGAUCUGGCAGUCGGUGCUCUCUCAGGAAUAUCCAAGUCGGAGGUGCCAUUGCUAAAUGCAGUCUACUCUAGCAUGAAAGGUUUGAUUAAAAUUCACAGUCCCAGCGUGGUGAUCACAGUGGCUGACAUUGAUCCUAAUGUUAAGAAAGCUUUGAAGAUGGCAACAGAAACUAAUUCCAAUGGGACAACACUGGUUCUUUUACAAAGACCCUCCAUAUCAAAGGUUCUAUGGAUGGCUGAUAUACGAUCAACAGCGUUGCCAAAUUGGAAUCGGAUGCGGAUCUCUGUCAACAUUAUCACCCAAAACCGUGUUCAUUCUUUAACGAGGCUUUUGAAAUCUCUCAGCAGUGCUUACUAUGUUGGGGAUGAGAUCACUAUGAGCUUCAACGUGGACAGCAAAGUGGAUGAGGCAACAAUUAAACUUAUAAACUCAUUCGAGUGGCCUCACGGCUCCAAAAUCGUGAGGAGGAGGAUCAUUCAAGGAGGGCUGAUUCGAGCUGUGAGUGAGAGUUGGUACCCAUCGUCAGAUGAUGAUUAUGGGCUCCUGCUUGAGGACGAUAUCGAAGUCUCUCCAUACUACUAUCUGUGGAUCAAAUACGCCCUCUUGGCCUACCACUAUGACCCACAAGUCUCUUUUCCGGAGCUCUCUUCCAUUUCCCUUUACACGCCUAGGAUUGUUGAGGUUGUCAAAGAAAGGCCUAAAUGGAAUCCAACACAGUUUUUCAAGCAUAUCCAUCCAAACACACCUUAUCUCCACCAGUUACCUUGCAGUUGGGGUUCUGUUUUCUUCCCAAAGCAAUGGAGAGAGUUCUAUGUCUACAUGAACAUGAGGUUCACUGAAGAUGCCAAGGCAAACCCAGUUCAAAUUCCUAAGUCUAGAACAAAUGGGUGGCAAGCUUCGUGGAAAAAGUUUCUCAUAGACAUGAUGUAUCUCAGAGGCUAUGUAACUCUUUAUCCAAACUUUCCAAACCAGGCAAGCUUUUCGACAAACCAUAUGGAACCGGGGGCUCAUAUUAGCGCAAAGGAUAACGUUGUUAGGCACGACAAGACAGAUUUUGAGGUACCAUUGUUGAAGGAAGACUUCCGGACAUUGUUGCCGGGUGGUAAGUUGCCUCCAGCGUCACGAUUGCCAUCACUGAACCUCUUCAAUCAGCCAGUUUCUCUCAAGGGACUCAAGGCGGCUGGGACCAAGUUGGGGCAGGAUGUACUUCGAUGUCACAAUGUCACGGAGAUUGUGGUUGUUGAUCACGGAACAGGUCUGCCAGUGGGCUGUGCGAAAUUCUAAAUUUUUUAAUUGUUUGUUACCAAUUUAUUCUUCUUUUUUUUUUCAUAAGAACUCUUUCUUAUAAUAUUUUUCUUAACUUCAUUGGGGGUGGGGGGGAUUGGACUUGAAUUGCAUUUACAUGCAAGUGUUAAGCUAAUCAGUGGGAAGAAACAGAUAAAGGGUGGGAUACUGGUUCUUCCUGAUACUUGAUCGGUGACGAACUGAAUUAUGCUAUUUAUUUCGGUAAUUUUGGAGCCAAAAGUGGCUUACCCAAUUUCCAAGAAAAUGGGUCCUUAAAAGAUC